ACUUUUUAAUUUUUCGCAAAACAGUCAAUUUAAUUUUAUUAAUUAAUUUGUAACCGGCCUGAUCUAGUUGAAACCCGCGGUCGGGCGGCGUUCACACUAGGCACACAAAGACAAGUAUGUACGCUGCUCAACCGUGGGAUUUUCCCUGGUCGCUUUUCUCAGAAAUCAUAUGCAGAGCUGUAGAGUGGGUUAACAAGGAGAUGAAGCUACAUCGUAUUCCUCUUUCAGUGGCCAGAUUCUCUUUUAGCGACUGAUUCCUCUUUCAAGGGCGAUGGCGGCGAUGGUUGAGGCAUGGAAUUGAAGGUGGGUGUUUUUUAACGGCGAAUUCUGGCGAUGGCUGCGAAAGGGCUGCAGAUUCUUAAUUGGGAGUGGGGAAGGGUCGGUGGGGAAGAAGCGGUGAGGUUGUGUGCGAUGGAGAAUGCGGGAGAGGAAGGAAUGAAGCAGUGAAGGCUAGGGAAAGGAGGGGGCGACGGGCGACAGAUUCUUGCGGCGGAUUCUCAAGAUAAAGGUGGUGCGGCGGAAUGUGAUUCUUGUUUCGGACGAUGGGGGUGGGGGAAUGGAGCUGGUGAAGGUGGGGCGAUUUGCAGGGAUGCCGGCGAGGAGGAAGCUCCCAUCGAUUUGCGGAGACGUUGCCGGAAGAGUUGGGUGAAGGAGGCAGAUUCUCGCUAAGGAAGGUCCGUAAAGGUGGGUGCAAUGGAGGAGAAAGAAGAUGGAUUUUGUUAGUAGAAGGGAAGGGAAGGAAGAUGAAGGUAGGCUUUAGUUUUGGAGGGCAUGUUUGUACUUUCGCCCCCAAUUAGGGUUAGGAUGAGAAUGAAGAAUGGGCGGCGAAUAGCAAACUUAAAUGGGAUAGAGGUUGUUAUUGAUGAUGGAAAGACUUCUGAUCCCAAAUUCUAUUUCUAUCACCGGCCGUUUCCAACUUUACAUCUUUACCACCAGGGAACUUCCACCGCCGCCAAAACCUCCUUCUCGCGGCGGAGCGUGGCUGUGAAGGCGGAGCUGAACCCAUCUCUGGUGAUAAGCUUGAGCACGGGGCAAUCUCUGUUUCUGGGAAGGUUUGUGUUCUUCAACUUCCAGAGGGACAACGUGGCCAAACAGGGUUUGACGGAAUAGAACGGGAAGACCCACUUCGAGGUCGGGGAUGUUAGGGCCAAUGAAUACGUUAGCCUUCU